CGGAAAUGAAUUCGUCGGGCUGUUUAACCAAGCACACAGUAGUUGCUGUAUGGGCAGGCUGUAUUUGUGGAGUAAAUUGUAUGUAUUUAGCCCCAGAUGGAGAUAUUAGGAAGCACGUUUGACGACUCGGUGUUUUCGGAGGUCAGAGACCGAGUGUGUGUGUCUCUGUCUUCUUACAGCGCUAAACUGUGUGAGCCAGAGUGGUUUUGUGACAGUGCUGCUCUGGAUACUGAAGAUUCUCUGGAGAAGCAGAAAGUCUACAAGUUCAGAGGUGACCUGGCUGUGAGACAAGGAAACUAUCAGAAAGCCUUGGAGGCGUACAGCAACUGCCUGCAGUGGAUCGCUGACAACAACCUGACCAUUAGACGAGAUGUAAUGGAGGGGAUGGCCCGAUGCUGCACCAGACUGGGACAGAGAGACAGAGCGCUGGAGUUGGCCCAGUUACUGAGCAAAGACGCCUCCAACACCUGUCACCUAACCAGCCUCCUGCUGCUCAAGGUCAGCAUCUACGAGCAUUUUGGAGCUGUAGGAUCAAAGAUGUCGUCUCUGCAGCAGCUGUGUAGCCUGCUGCCCUUUAACCCCUGGCACUGGUUCAGCCUGGGACAGAUGUGUUUGCAGCUGCUGGACAGAAACAGAACCACAGAAUCCUUCUCCUCUGAGAGCUGCAAAUCAACAGAUGAGCAGGAGGACAGAGAGGGGCAUCAGGAGGAGACCGCAGAGCUCAACGAGGACAGAGUCUGGCUCAAAGCUUGCACUUGUUUCAUCAGGACAAGACUCCUGUUGAGAAUCCUACGACAGCAGCAGUCCUCCUUUGUGCUUCAGCGUAGUGAAAGAGUCCUACAGAUGACAGAAGAGGCGUUACAGCGGCUAAACCCCAAACAAGAAACCCUGCAGGCUCUCACUGAGGUGAUGUCAGAGGACCUGAUCCCAGAGAAGAUGAGGGAGGACUACCAGGAUGGGGAGAGCCUGACCAGUGUCUCUUUGCACAGCUUCAGACAGCGCUGGUGGAAUAAGAUCUUACUGACAGGCGUGUUAGAGACUGACGGGCAGCAGCAUGAAACACAAUAUCCUCAUGCUGCAGUGUUGACUGUUUACAAAGGUGCACACAGACAGGAAGGAAGUGAAGAACCAGCUGAAGAUGGUUCAGACAAGCAGCACAGUGAAUGUGGUCGUCAUUAAGCCUACAGACUGAACUUUAUUUAAAUAAAGCUGAAUAUGGCAGAAGAUGAAUCACAAGUCCCUGAAAAUUAUAGUUUUUCUUGAUGUCAUUGUUUUUUCUCCAUGGAUAGAUGAUCCAGCAACAACACUUUUGUCCUGCAGUACUACCGACUGUCCAUCAUUGGCCAAGUUGGUCACAUUACUGAAAACUAUGUUGGAGGAAAAACCCAAUAAAUUUGGAUAAAAAAAUGUG